AUGUGCCGCUGCAUAAAUGGAUACUAUAGGGAUAAAACUGGAGCUUGUAUACCAAAAAAUAUGUGUGAAUCUGAAAAAAAUAAAAACCCGGAAUCUCCCCAUAAACCUAAUAAACCGCCUCCAAACACAAGCAGUCAUGGAUUACAUCACAAGGUGGAAGAAGAUACAAGCAGUGGUUUUGAUAUUAUCUCAAGCAUUAGUAGCAGUAGCAGCAGUAGCAGCAGUAGUAGCAGUAGCAGCAGCUCAUCAAGUGCAGAUGACACUGGCGAUGACACAAUAGUAAUGAUCACAAAGUGCGGUCGACAUGAGGUCUUCGACUUUUGCCCAGCAACAUGUCCGCCUCAACGAUGCGAUGUUGACGAUCGUCUAAUAAAAUGUAGAGCACCUCCAAAAUUGGGUGAUAAAGAAUGCGAACCCGGAUGUCGUUGUGUGAAUAAAUUCUAUAGGAAUAACGAAGGUGCUUGCGUUCCAAAGUAUCAGUGUCCGAAAUGCCACAAGAAAAAUGAAGUCUACGAUCUAUGUCCGAACCGAUGCAUGCGCCAAACGUGCGAUAGUUUUUGGACAGAGCAUGGAAAAUGUCUAGUGCAGCCAGCAGUGUGUAUACCUGAGUGCCGUUGUAAACCUAAUACAUACAGAAAUGCAUUAGGAGAUUGUGUAACCAAAGAAGAUUGUUUAAAAUGUCCAAGACCUCACGAGUAUUACGCAUGUGGAGGGUCAUGUGAUAACGAGUGUAGUAAGCUGAGCAAACAGAAUCAAACUAACUGUCCAAUCGUAAAUAAAAAAUGCAAUUUGAAAUGCUACUGUGAAUCUGGUUAUGCUAGAAACCGUAAUAAUGAGUGCGUAUCGUUUGAUGAAUGUCCACAAUGUAAAGAGCAUGAAGAACACGUGCCAAAUAUUCUGGGAAUGGGUCGCCCGGUCGACUGCUGGGGGUAUAUAGUGGGUUUGACGGGAAUUAACGGUGAAGCAGACAGUAAAAUCCCGAAGCCAGGAUGCAUGUGUAUUAAGAAUUAUUUUAGAGAUGCCAAAGGAAAAUGCGUAUCUGCUGACGAAUGCGCAAAAAUUUUGCUUGAGGGUCUCUAA